CAUCAAAACUGAGCGGCUGUUCCCAGAGGAUAUCCCGCGUGGUCUCUCGGUAGCCCCGCCCCCUGAGCUCGAGUCGCGCGCUGUCUGGCAGCGCGUGCUGCACACACGAAACUCAGCAGCUUUAACACGCGCGCGCUACUAGGCGCUGUGAGGUAGAGCGCCACCGGAGCACAGCGCAGCUGAAGCUAAAAGUUCCGCUGCGUUUUAACGGAGUGCUCACAGAAAUCAUAACGGAUAACUCGAGGACGGGCCACAACACGAUGGACGGAAAUGUUUAUUAGAAUGUUUUUUGACUUGGGGUUUUGAGUAUGUUCCGCAUUUUAAGCGCUUUUUCGUGAGUCCGCAGAGCGCGGCGCGAGCCCGAAACAGAAAACCAUGAUUUGGGCUGUUUUUAUAUCCUAUUGCAUGACUUUUGUCUUGGGAAAUAAGACAGACGAGAGGACGCCGUUCUUCCACGGACACGUGUUUGAAAACUCCCCGCCGGGCUCGAGGGUGAACGGACUGAGCAUCCCGGCGAGGCGCAUCGACGCGCAGCGUUGGUGCUCCGGCUCGAGCGCGUACCUGAAGUUACUCGGAGAUGGGAGCGAUGACUUUCGGGUUUUCGCGCACCACGGACGCGGGCACGUGCAGCUGAAAACUGCCAGCGUGUUGGACCGAGAAGAGCGCGCGGAGUACGUGCUGGAUGUGGGCCUGUGUUGCGCAAGCUGCGGUUCGCCCGAACGCGUCGUGUCGCGUGUGGCGUCCGUGCGGGUGGACGUCCUCGACACGAACGACCACGAGCCCGCUUUUCGGCACGCGGACGUCAAAAUAUCUCUAGAUGAUGCCACUGCUCUCAGGUCGGUGGUUUACAAAGUGGCAGCAGAAGAUACGGAUAGCGGCAAGAACGCUGAGCUCAUCUAUUACGCGCUGCCGAGAAACGGGAGCUUCUACGUGGUGCCCAAAACGGGUGAAGUUCUUCUCGUGGACUCCAUCCUCGGGCUCGCGUCGCCCAUAAAGUUCAGCGUGUUUGCCAGAGACCGCGGAUGGCCGUCGCGCACAGGGCGCCACAUGAAGGUGGAGAUCAGUCCCCGGCAGUGGCCGGCUGCGUUUCCACCAUCAUCCAGACUCCUGAGAAAGUCUCGCUCCGUUCUGGAGCCCAGCGAGCCCGUGAGCGUGAGUGUGUCUGAAGACGCAGCCAUCGGCUCUGUGAUCAUGAACCUGAACCCGGUCCGGUUUCAGUCGGCUAGUUUCGAGCAGCUUUACCCCGAGACGGAAAGCUCACCGGUCACUGUUAGCAGAGAGAGCGGGGAGUUGGUGAUCUCGAGAAGCUUGGACCGGGAAACUGAACCUGUAGUGGAAAUUACUGUUAAAGUGCAGGAUAAAAGAGGUCCCGACUGGUAUUUGCUAAGAGUUGAGCUUACAGUCCUGGAUGUCAAUGACAAUGCUCCAGAAUGGACAAUGGUACCCUUCCCCUACCUGGCAGUGGUGUCUCCCAGCGCAGCCCCCAGCACACUCGUGUACAAGCUCACGGCUCGGGACGGUGAUGAGGGAAUCAAUGGAGAGGUGGAAUACUUUCUGUCUGAUGGUGGUGAUGGCCGAUUUGAGGUGGACAGAAAGACGGGUCAUGUGCGGACCACGGGUUUGCCUCUGCAGAGGGACAGAGAAUAUUUACUGACCAUCAUGGCUGCUGACCGCCUGGGGAGUCGCAGUCUUCCUGCCAUCCUUUCCGUGAUAGCAGGACUCAGAGCGCCACAAUUUACCAACGCCUCCUACACAAUAUCCAUACCCGAAAACACGCUUGAGGGACAGCCCUUUCUGGUCACUCCGGCAUUGUCUUUCCAAAAGGAGCCAAUCAGCUACAGCUUGCUUAUCAACCCCAGCAGCCUGUUCAGCAUUGAUCAAGAAAGUGGAGAGAUCAGCCUGACCCGCAGUCUUGACUAUGAGACUGACCAGCACCGCUACCUGCUGCUUGUGAGAGCCAGCGAGAACAAGGAGAGCCUGAGCAGUGCUGCAGAGGUACGUGUCAUCAUCACAGAUGAGAAUGACUGUGUUCCAGAGUUCCUGCAGUCCAUUUAUAGCAAAGAAGGUGUCCCAGAAACAGUAACGACAGCAACGUCUCUGCUUCAAGUGUCAGCCAGUGACUGUGACUCGGAACAGAAUGCUGACAUCACUUACUACACACUGAGCUCUGAUUUCAUCAUCUCCCCCCAUGGCACCAUCUUCCCGGCAGGCGCACUGGAUUACGAGCGCCCCAACCAUUUGUAUGAGUUUGUGGUAAUGGCUGUGGAUAAGGGCGAGGUGCCACGGACAGGCACAGCUACUGUACGCCUGCGUAUGGCCAAUGUCAACGAUGAGCCGCCCGAAUUCUCUCAGCCAGUAUAUCGUACUUUUGUGUCUGAAGAUGCUGGACCCAAUACCUUGGUUGCAACGGUACUGGCUAAAGAUCCAGAUGGUGACGGAAUCACAUACAAAAUCUCAGCAGGCAACGAAGAAGGCAACUUUGUCAUUGACAGUCAAAAAGGCCUGAUCCGCCUUCGCUCCAAUCCUCAACCAAAAUUGCAAGGGGUUGAGUACAUCUUGAACAUCACAGCCACAGACGACAACGCCUCUGGAGGACCUCAGUCUCUGUCUGCCACGGCCCAGGUCAUUGUGGGAGUGGAUGAUGUCAACAACAACAAGCCCAUCUUUGAGAAGUGUCAGCAGUAUAAAGAGAUGGCGUCUGUUCCAGAAAAUAAGCCGGCAGGGACGUUUGUGCUGCAGGUACACGCCGUAGACGCUGAUGAGGGAGCCAAUGGGAAAGUGACAUAUGGCUUCAUGCACAAAGACAGCAUGGUCCCAGCCUUCAACAUCGAUCCUGAUACAGGUGCUAUCACGACUGCAAGAAAGUUCGAUAGGGAGCGACAGAGGGAGUAUGCAGUGACAGUCACGGCUACAGAUCAGGCAGCAGAUCCUCUCAUAGGCAUCUGCCAACUCAACAUCCUCAUACUGGAUGAGAAUGACAACAGCCCGAAGUUUGAGAAUCUGCGCUAUGAGUACUUCUUGAGGGAGGACACCAUGAUUGGCACCAGUUUCCUGCGAGUCGCUGCACAUGAUGAUGACUACAGCACCAAUGCAGCCAUCACGUAUUCCAUGUCUAAAGAGCAGCCAGAAUACUUGCGUGUCAAUCCUGUGACAGGCUGGGUUUACGUCAACCAGCCCAUCUCUCAGAGAACCUACAUCACCAGAGAGAUCAUAGCCACAGAUGGAGGGAACCGGAGUAGCUCUGUAGAGUUGGCUGUCACCAUAACCAAUGUGAAAAACCAACCUCCUCAAUGGGAGAAGGAAAGCUAUGAAGUGGUCAUACCAGAGAACACUGUCAGAGACACUCCCAUAGUGACAGUGAAAGCCACCUCACCACUGGGUGACCCCAGAGUGACCUAUAACCUGGAGGAUGGCAUGGUACCUGAGACCAACAUGCCUGUGCGUUUCUACCUGACGCCCAACCGAGAGGAUGGAUCAGCCUCCAUCCUGGUGGCUGAGCCGCUGGAUUAUGAGACCACACGCAACUUUAUGCUCCGUGUACGUGCUCAGAACGUUGCUGCUGUGCCUUUAGCUGCUUUUACAACCGUGUAUGUCAACCUCACAGAUGUGAAUGACAAUGUUCCAUUCUUCACCUCCUCUAUUUAUGAGGCCUCUGUGACAGAAGGGGUUGAGGUUGGGACUCUGGUGCUUCAGGUGUCUGCAAAUGACCUUGAUCUGGGUUUAAAUGGAAAGAUCUCUUACUCCUUGCUGAAUGACCGCAGUGGAGACUAUCAGUUCUUCCGCAUUGAUCCAGAACUGGGCUCUAUCUACACCGAGGCAGUGUUCGACCGGGAAACUAAGGGUUCCUAUCUUUUAGAAGUGAACUCCAUGGAUGGCUGGGAGUCUGCCAGGCCAGGAAGGCAUGGACAGCCUAACUCUGACACGGCGUAUGUACGGAUUUUCAUCAGCGAUGUGAACGAUAACAAGCCGGUGUUCGCACAGACGGUGUAUGAAGUCGAUGUGGAUGAGGACGCGGAUGUCGGCUUCACCAUCCUCACUGUUAACGCUAAUGAUGAAGAUGAAGGUGCCAAUGCUAAGCUGCGCUACCAGAUUACUGCAGGUAACACAGGUGGCGUCUUUGAUGUUGAGCCUGAGGUGGGCACCAUCUUUAUCGCCCAACCACUGGACUAUGAGCAAACCAAACGUUACAAGCUGUACGUGCUGGCCUCGGAUGGGAAAUGGGAGGACUACACUGCUGUUGUCGUCAACAUAGUGAAUAAGAAUGAUGAGGCACCUGUGUUCUCUGUCAAUGAGUACUACGGCAGUGUGACUGAAGAGCUGGAUGGUUCUCCAGUGUUUGUACUGCAGGUAACAGCGACUGACCCAGAUAAGGAUGCUGACCAAGAGGCUCUACGCUACUCACUGCAUGGUCAGGGAGCUGAAAGUGAAUUCAUCAUUGAUGAGGUGACAGGGAAGAUCUAUGCCCAGAGGACAUUGGAUCGAGAGGCACGGGCUGUAUGGCGCUUUGUGGUUUUAGCCACAGAUGAGAGUGGCGAAGGCCUGACUGGAUUUACUGAUGUCAUCAUUAGUGUGUGGGAUAUUAAUGACAAUGCCCCCAUCUUUGCCUGUGCACCAGACAACUGUCAUGGAGAUGUGGCUGAGAACUCUCCACCUGGCACUUCCGUCAUGGAGAUGACUGCCACUGAUUUGGAUGAUGCAGCUGUAGGGCAGAAUGCCAUACUAACCUAUAGAAUUGUUGGUAAUGCAGCCUUGAGUGGAGGCAACAGUGGGGUGGACAUGUUUACCAUCAACCCGGCUACCGGAACCAUCUCGCUUGCCAAGGCUGGUCUGGACCGGGAGCAGACAGAGUCAUACCUCCUAGUGGUGGAAGCCAGGGAUGGAGGUGGGAUGACAGGCACAGCCACUGCUGCCAUCCAUGUAACAGAUGUGAACGACCACGCUCCUCGUUUCUUGGACCGAUCUUGUUCAGCACGAAUCCCUGAGAGCAGUGAGCCCAACAGUGCCCUGCUUGACCUGGUUGCUGAGGAUGCUGACGCUGGUGAGAAUGGUCAGCUGACAUUCAGUGUAGUAUCUGGAGACCCAGAGCAGAAGUUCUACAUGGUGAGUCACCGACAGGAGCAACGGGGAACCCUACGGCUCAAGAAGCGAUUGGAUUUUGAGAGGCCGGGUGAGCAACGCUUCAAUCUUACCAUUAAGGUGGAGGAUCUGGACUACUCCAGCCUUCUCUAUUGUACCUUAGAGGUAGAGGACUGCAAUGACCAUGCUCCAGUUUUCAUCCCUCACUUCCUGCAGAUUCCUGACCUUAGAGAGGAUGUCUUGAUAGGUACCAGUGUUGCUUCAGUGGUCGCCAGUGACUCAGAUUCUGGUCUGAAUCGGGAGAUUACCUACAGUAUAGCACCUGAAUCUGACCCAUAUGCUCUCUUCUCAGUUGAUCAGACUGGGCUGGUGACUGUGGCCAGGCAGCUGGACCGUGAGAUUACCGCCCAGCAUAACUUGAUCAUCCUUGCAACUGACCACGGAACUCCACCAUUGACUGGCACUGCCACCAUUUACAUCUCCCUGUUGGAUGUAAAUGACAACGGGCCUGAGUUUGAGUCUGCGUACUCACCAGUGGUGUGGGAGAAUGUUCCAGGGCCUCAGUUGGUACAUCUCAACACCAGCUCCAUGCUGCUUAGAGCUGUUGAUCGUGACUCUGCAGAAAACGGUUCACCGUUCUCCUUCUCUGUCCCUCCUGAAUACCGUUACAGCAACGACUUUUACUUGCAAGAUAACAGGAAUGACACGGCCACCAUCACAGCCCUCAGAGCCUUUGACCGAGAGAGACAGAAGGAGUUCCUGCUGCCAGUCAUUAUGACUGACAGUGGACAACCUCCCAAAACAGUCACCAGCACGCUCACUAUCACUAUCGGUGACAAGAAUGACCAUGCCCAUGUUGCUGGAGAGAAGACAAUAUAUCUCAACAGUCACAGAGGGAGAAUGCCAACAUCUGUUUUGGGAAAGGUGUAUGCUCCAGAUCCUGAUGACUGGGACAACAAAACCUAUGCAUUUGAAGGACAUGUUCCUAAUUACUUCAUCCUGAACAAGCGGACAGGUUUUCUGGUUAUAAAAGAGAAUGCUCCACCUGGCACCUAUGACUUCCAGGUUCGUGUUUCGGAUGGCGAGUGGCCAGAUGCUGUGUCCAGUGUCAGAGUUCACGUACGAGAGUUACGGGACGAGAUUAUCUACAACUCUGCCUCACUUCGUCUUGCAGAAAUCACCGCAAAAGAGUUCAUGGAACAGCGAGGGGGGCUACGGAGCAGAUACGAGUUGUUGGGAGAUUUCCUGUCCGAGAUGUUGUCUGUUGGUGCAGAUGAUGUUAAUAUCUUCAGCCUUAUAGAAGUGCGAGACAGGACCCUAGACGUGCGCUUCUCUGUGCACAGUACCCCUUUCCAGCGUGCUGAGAGACUGCAUGGAUACCUCGCUGCUCAUAAACAGAAGUUGCAGUCAUUCCUGCAGGUGAAUGUUACCCAGGUGCAUGUGGACGAGUGUGUGGCGGUGGACUGCAGCGGAGGAGGAGGCUGUACGAACAGGCUGAUUGUGAGUGAGAAGCCCUCCGUGGUGGAUUCAGACAGUAUGGCUCUGGUGUCAGUGACACUGGAGUCAACAGCUGUGUGCAGCUGCUCGGCCCGGGAACACCUGCACCAGGGCUGCUCCACCUACCCCAGGAACCCCUGCCACAACGGUGGAGUGUGUGUAGACACACAGAAUGGAUACAGAUGUCAGUGCCCAGGACAGUUUGAUGGACCUGAAUGUCAACAGACCAAGCAUAGUUUCCAUGGCAACGGGUAUGCCUGGUUUCCUCCCCUAAGGCCAUGCUUCGAGAGCCAUCUCUCUCUGGAGUUCAUCACGGAGGUGGCAGACGGCCUGCUGCUCUACAGUGGCCCACUCGCCCCACUGCAACCUUGGGAACCUGAGGAUUUCAUGGCUAUAGAGCUGAUCGACGGCACUCCCACCCUGAAGAUAAACCACGGCUCGGGCACUCUAGUCCUGCAGUUGCCGGGCAACGUGAACGUGGCGGACAGACGGUGGCACAGACUGGAUGUGAGGAGCAAUAGCAAGGAUGUACGCUUCACAUUAGACCGCUGUGCUGGAGCCACAGUUAUGGAGAUGGAGGGUGUAGGCAGCUGGCUGACCACAGAGGACCACACUUCCUGUGAGGUGUUGGGAGUCACACCAAACCUGGACAGGCAUCUGAAUGGGAUGCAGGUGCUACAACUAGGUGGAGUGAACGAGAACGUGCCCUACAUCUACCCCCAACUCCAGCACAAACACUUCACGGGAUGCAUCAGCAACCUCGUCGUCGACAGCAAGGUAUAUGAUCUGAGUUCUCCAGCUGAUUCCUCCGGGAGCUCUCCUGGCUGCUCGAUGACGGACAGGAGUUGCAUGAACAUGGGCUUCCCCUCAUGUGGCACCAGGGGUCGUUGCCAUGGCGAAUGGGGCUCCUUUAGCUGCCAGUGCAUAGCUGGGUACAGCGGGCAUCAGUGUGAACAAGAGCUUCCUGAGUAUUCCUUUGAUGGUAGGAGCUAUGUGCAUUAUCAGCUCUCUGGGCCGCUCCAAGCCAGACACACACAGGUGCAGGUUCUGAUCCGAACUCGCAAACACAGCAGCUCCAUCCUCAGCCUGCUCUCUUCAGCACAGAAUGAAUACAUCCGACUUGAGAUAUUUCAGGGCUUGUUAGCUGUCUUUUACAACCUUGGAGACGGAGACUUCAACCUGACAAUGCUCUCUCACCGCCUGGAUAACGGCGAGUGGCACGAAGUUCACUUGGAGCGCCACGAUAAUGAGAUGACUCUGAGCGUAGACGGCGGCGGUGGACGAAGAGAGGUCACAGGGUCACCUGGACGCAGCCGGGAGAUCAUAAUUGACCCCUCCUUGGUCAUGCUGGGAAACUCGUUUCCAACUGGACACAACAAAAGCUUCCAAGGCUGCAUGCGCGACUUGAGGCUAAACGGCCGCUCCAUGCCUUUGGACGCUCAGCCCAAAGAUGGUGUGUUAGUGCUUAGCACUGUGGGAGUGACGCUGGGCUGCUCCUCAGACUCCUGCAGGAGGAAUCAGUGUAGCCCUCCAUUCACCUGCGUCGACCUGUGGAGGAUCCACGAGUGCAGGUGUCCGCCGGGUCACAUGGUCAAGGCCAACGCUACAGGCAAAUUCUGCGUGUACACCCUGUGUGCCAGCCGGCCAUGCCAUCGGGGUACCUGCGUGGCCCAAUCGCCCUCCAAAUUCACAUGCGAGUGCCCAGAGGGCUACAGGGGGCGCCACUGCGAGGUCACACUGGCCAUUUAUCAUGAUGAUGUGGGUCUGAGUUUCAGAUCACUCUUUGCCAUAUGCAUCUGCUUCAUGGCACUGCUAGUUCUGCUGCUGGGGAUCUUUCUAUACACACGCUGGCGGAGCUACAAGGGCCUGAAGGAGGGCGUGUACCACGUUUCUGCUCAUCACGAUGGCUGGGAGGACAUCCGCGAGAACGUGCUCAACUAUGACGAGGAAGGAGGGGGUGAGGAAGAUCAGAAUGCUUAUGACAUGGCAGAACUGCAGAAGUCCCUGCAGCCAAGUCCAGCCCAGUCAGUGCAGUACAGUCGCUCUCGAGCCCUCCAUCAUUAUCACGCCCCCAUCCAGCAGCAACAACACCACCUCCAUCAGUCAGACCCACCAUCCCGAGCUCCAACAGCUACUAGCACUUCCUCUGUAUCAUCCAGUAGUACAACCGUGCGCAGAGACGUGCCCCUGAACCACGCUCCUGCCCAGGGCCAGUGUGCCGCCCCUGCAGCCGCCCGCACCACCCAGCUUGCCCGCAAGAGCUUGUCCUUCUCCAGCCAGGACCUAGCACGCUACUUAUGCGAGAUCAUCCGAGAUGCCGAGCAACACGCAGACUCUGCACCCGCUGACUCUCUUCAGGUGUUCUCUACUGAAGGCGGAGGUUCUCCAGCCGGUUCACUCAGUUCCUUCAGCUCAGCUGGUCUGGAUGAGAGCAGCGCUGCUGGACACGAGUGCCUCAAAGAUUGGGGGCCACGCUUCGAUAAACUUCGAGCACUUUAUGAGAGGGCGGAGGCUAGCGACCUCUAAGCGCUCUUUGUAUGUGCAGCAGAAUGACUACACUUCUGGAAAAUUUGAGCGUCAGGGAUGGACACAGAAUCACAGGGAAUUAAUUUAUUUUUUUUUGUAAAGCCCAACAAGGUCCGCUUUGCUUUCUGUCCUUGUCCGGGAUUGUGAUUCUUUACAAAACAUUUCUCCUGAGAUCUGAAUGAAACGGAGACAGCCUGGUGUCCCUGGACUAUCAAUGAGCCACAAAUGGGAAAUGCCAGUCAAAAAAAAUACGCGUCCAUAUAUGACACUUA